AUGGCCCCGCCUCUGACAGACCUUUCUUCGACAAACAGAAACACCCGCACGCGAGGACCAUUCCGGCCGCGAGCAGCGAAUAAAGGCAGUGGAAGUUACCAGCUACGACAGUUCGCAGAGGCGACACUGGGCAGCGGGAGUCUUCGAAAGGCCGUCAAGCUCCCCGACGGAGAGGAUGUCAACGAAUGGCUGGCCGUUAACCUGGUCGAUUUCUAUAACCAGAUCAACCUACUGUACGGGUCAAUUACGGAGUUUUGCUCGCCGCAGACAUGUCCUGAGAUGAAGGCGACAGACGAAUUCGAAUAUCUUUGGCAGGAUAACGAGAAUUUCAAGCGUCCCACGAAGAUGUCUGCGCCUGAAUACGUUGAGCAUCUGAUGACCUGGGUACAGGCAAACAUUGACAACGAGCAGAUGUUCCCCAGCCACAUAGGGGUACCAUUCCCAAAAACAUUCCCUUCUCUACUGAAACAACUGUUCAAGCGCAUGUACCGUGUGUACGCACACAUAUACUGCCAUCACUACCCAGUUGUGGUCCAUCUUGGACUAGAGCCGCACCUAAACACCAGCUUCAAGCAUUAUGUGCUAUUUAUCGAGGAGCAUAACCUGGCUAGCGGGAAGGACUUCUGGGGCCCCUUAGGCGACCUGGUUGACAGCAUGCUCAGAAGUGACUGA